AAAUGAAGGCAGAAGUCAAAGAGUUAAACAAAAGAAAAAGAACAAAAGAAUGCAACUAGAUAGUGAAAAGUCACCUGCAGAGCACUUGUUUCUGAAAAUUCUCAACAGACUAGACAAACUUGAAGCAUAA